ACCCCCAUGUACUUCUUCCUCUCCAACCUGUCAUUGACUGACAUAUUUUUCAUUUCCACCACAGUCCCAAGAAUGAUUGUGAACAUUAUAACUCACAGAGCCAUCUCCUAUGUGGGUGGCCUGUCACAGGUGUUCUUUUUUAUCAUUUUUGGAUGUAUGGAUGGUAUGCUUCUGACUGUGAUGGCCUAUGACCGUUUUGUGGCCAUCUGUCACCCCCUGCAUUACUUAGUCAUCAUGAAUCCUCACCUCUGCAGCUUCUUAGUUUUUAUGUCUUUGUUGUUUAGCAUUUUUGUAUCCCAUAUUCACAUUCUGAUUGCAUUAGAAUUUACCAGCUUCACAGAGGUAGAGAUUUCUAAUUUCUUCUGUGACCCUGCUCAAGUUCUGAGUCUUUCCUGUUCUUACAGUUUCUUUGGUCUCAUUAUCAAGUAUUUUAUUGGUGCCAUCUAUGGUUUUUUCCCAGUCUCAGGGAUCCUUUUCUCUUACUAUAAAAUAGUUACCUCCAUUCUGAGGAUCCCAUCCUUGGGUGGGAAGUACAAGGCCUUCUCCAUUUGUGGGUCUCACCUGUCUGUUGUUUGCGUAUUUUAUGGAACAGGAAUUGGAGUCUACCUUGGUUCAGCUGAGUCAUCCUCCCCCAAGAAAGAUGUGGUGUCUUCAGUGAUGUACAGUGUGGUCACUCCCAUGCUGAACCCCUUCAUCUACAGCCUGAGGAAUGAGGACAUUAAAAGUACCCUAAGGUGGCUCCACAGUAGAAGAGUCUAA